CAAUCUUCCCACUCUUUGGCUCACAACUUAGAGGACCGUCGAAGAAGAAGAAGGAGUAUGCUGGACUGUUCUGCCUUCAAACAGAUGUUGUCUCCUUGGUGGCUGUGGCCAUAGGAACACAGUUGUUUCGGGAGCCCCAGGUGUCUUCGCUUUCGAUCAGGAGUGAUCGGAGGGCAUCAGCACUUUUCUUCAACAAUCGUUCUACAGCUUCCCACUCAUAUUAUAUAUAUGUUCCCCAACACAAUUAGACUAUCCAUUGAUCCCUUACUCCUUCCAUAACAUUGUUGUCCAGCAAAUCAAAAAACAAUCUAUAGAAAAGAAACAAAUCCAAAUAAUCUCACACAAUGGCCCCUUCUCGCGCCGUGAUCAACGCAACACUUCCAGCAAGAAGACGUCCCAGACGGUGCAAUUGGAAACGCCAGUCUUCUCCUGCUGUAGCCAACUCUCAACAGGAAGCCUCUGAAAGCAGCAACCCCGCCAUCAAUGGAGUUUUGAUCCAAGACGCCCGACCCCAUCUGUGGCUCACAGAAAGCAAUCUGGAACUCCGGUUUGGCGAGUUACUCGAGACGGUUCGCGGUCAACGCGAUCUUCAAGAAAUCUCCAUUUACAACAUCCUGUCGAGAUUCUCCAGUGAGGAAAUGAGCUGUCUCUAUGAUGCCAUUGCACAAUUCCCUCUGCUGCAGAGCUUUACGGUGUGGUCGUCACAGUGCUUGACAGUGCCUGUGUUGACUAGUGUUCUCAACAAAGCCCAACGACUGCAGGCAUUGACCCUUAGCAAUCUGCAAAUCAAUAGCCACAAAGAAGUGCUUCAAUUGGCCCAAGCCAUUCUCCAGCAUUCAUCCCUCACAAAACUCGCCCUGGACAAUCUUCAAAUAACUAUGUCAUCAUCAUCAUUGGAUUCCGCCUUUAUUACGCUGGAUCCACUGCUCCAUGCCAUUGCGCAAAACCCACGCAUCGAGUCACUCCGCAUCUCCGCUUCCAACGACUCCAACAUCAACACUACUACUGUAGUGGCCAAGCCCGAUUCCUUGGCGGCGUUGUGCCGGCAUUCUCAAUUGAAGGAACUCAGUUUGUGGAACGUGGAACUGACCGAUGAAGCACUCCAGGGCAUGGCCCGAGUUCUUUCUUCCAACCAAAGUUCCAGUUGCCUCGAGAGUUUGACCUUGCGCAAUUGUGGCACCAAACUGACGCAUCAGGGAUAUGCGUCGUUGGUCACAAUGCUACAACAUAACCUCCGGUUGCAAAAGGUUCUUUUGGACACGACCAACAAGAGUCUUCAAUGGCAGAUUGAGUUCUUGUGCUAUCUGAACAAAUGUGGUACCCGGCGAGCUCUAUUGGACAGCCCUGCCAAUGCGUCUGUCUGGCUCAACGCAUUGGCAUGCCACAGCCAUGACUUGGACAGUCUGUUCUACUUGCUGGGGGAAGGUGGAGGUUCCAACGUUGUACUCUAAACUUGCGGGGGAGCAUGUCGAAGCCUCAUCUGCAGAAGUAGUGAGACGCCAAAUCAAGAGUGUAAUUAAUACUUAGCAGGAAUGAUUUACUAAAUCG